GGGACUACAGCAUCAUUCUGCACGACAUCCUCCAUCAGAAGCCACCAGCAAUGAGCACUGGAUAUUACCGCGACUUCACAUGGACCGGGACAUCACGCAGGUAGUGGCUGUCUAAAGAUAGCCCAUCCAGACAGAAAAAUGAAAAAACCUGCACUCAUGUAUUAUUGAAGGACAGAAGUGCCUUCACAGAUAUCAUGACACCUGGGAUCCUUUCGGAAACGUAUCAUACAAUUUUAUGUCAACUGUCUUGAAAGCCAUGGAUUAAGAACUUUCCUCGAAGUGAGAUGUAUUGCAUAUUUCCAUGAUGGUCCUGUUUCUAGUUUCAGCAGCUGUCAUUUCAAACAGUUCCUCUCAUGGAAAUCUGACCACAGAGUCUCCAGCGUCUCAGGGCUCACAUGUCUUAGCCUCAGGACUCAUCACCUCUGUCCUCCUCAUCAUUUUUCUUCUCUUAAUCGCUUACAUUCUGCGGUUUAGAGAACAAAGGAAGGAUCUUGUCGCCUCAGUUGACAAGAAGGUGCCAAAUGGCUUUUUGGAAGAUCAAGAACAAACUGUGGUUCUUCUCCCCCGAUCGCCCUCUCCAUCAAAACGUUAUUUCCCCAUCCCGCUGGACUCCCUGGAGGAGGAGUUUCGCCUACGCCUGGCAGACGAUGGCAAACUCUUCAGAGAGGAAUUUAACUCUUUGCCCUGCGGCUUCGGCUGUGGAACCUUUGAAGAGGCGAGCCGAGAUGAGAACAGAGAGAAGAACAGAUAUCCAAAUAUUCUGCCAUAUGAUCAUUCUAGAGUGCUGCUGUCACACAUAGAUGGAUAUAUGGGCUCAGACUACAUAAAUGCCUCUUACAUUGAUGGUUACAGAGAAAAGAACAAAUUUAUUGCAGCUCAAGGUCCAAAACCAGAAACACUUGGGGAUUUUUGGAGGAUGGUUUGGGAGCAGAAGUCUACCACUAUAGUUAUGCUGACCAACACAAGAGAGAGAAAAGAGGAAAAGUGUUAUCAGUACUGGCCUGAGCAGGGCUGCUGGAUCUACGGCUGUGUGAGAGUGGCAAUGGAAGAUGUCACAGUCUUGGUGGACUACACGAUCAGGAAGUUCUGUGUACAGCAUCAUGCUGCUGAUGGUUGCAGACCUCCGAGGCUGGUCACUCAGUUGCAUUUUACCAGCUGGCCGGACUUUGGCGUACCCCUCUCUCCUAUUGGCAUGCUUAAGUUUCUCAAGAAAGUUAAGAGUGUGAACCCGGCCCAUGCUGGACCAAUCAUAGUGCACUGCAGUGCUGGAGUUGGCAGGACCGGGACAUUCAUUGUGAUUGACGCAAUGAUGGAUAUGAUGCACUCUGAGGGAAGGGUGGACGUCUUCGGCUUUGUAUCCAGGAUAAGAAAACAGCGCUGUCAGCUCAUUCAGACCGACAUGCAGUAUUCAUUUAUUUACCAGGCACUUUUGGAGCAUUACCUGUAUGGUGACACCGAGUUAGACAUCGCCUCGCUGGAAGGACACCUCCACAAACUGCACAACACACACGCACGUAUGGACCGAGUGGGUCUGGAGGAAGAAUUCAGAAAACUGACAAAUGUUCGUAUAAUGAAGGAGAACAUGAGAACCGGAAAUCUGCCAGCCAACAUGAGAAAAAACAGAGUACUGCAGAUCAUCCCAUAUGACUUCAACAGGGUAAUAUUAUCCAUGAAAAGAGGGCAAGAAUUUACAGACUACAUCAAUGCAUCUUUUAUAGAUGGUUACAGGCAGAAGGAUUACUUCAUUGCAACUCAGGCGCCUUUGGCUCACACAUUGCAGGACUUCUGGCGUAUGGUGUGGGAGUGGAAAUGCCACUCUAUUGUCAUGUUGACUGAACUAAAGGAAAGAGAGCAGGAGAAAUGUGUACGCUACUGGCCAGCAGAGGGCAGUGUUUCAUUUGGAGAGUAUGUGCUAGAGCUGAAAAGAGAUGCUCUUUGUGACACUUUCAGCAUCCGAGACAUGCUGCUGUCAUAUGCACCAGAGAAACAAACUCGUCUUAUCAGACAGUUCCACUUUCAUGGCUGGCCCGAGAUCGGAAUCCCAUCAGAAGGAAAGGGAAUGAUUGAGAUUAUUGCUGCAGUGCAGAAACAGCAGCAGCAAUCUGGAAACAACCCUAUAGUGGUGCAUUGCAGUGCUGGUGCUGGUCGGACCGGAACCUUCAUCGCCCUCAGCAACAUUCUAGAACGAGUAAAAGCCGAAGGUUUACUGGAUGUUUUUCAGACUGUGAAGAGUUUACGCACUCAGAGGCCACAUAUGGUUCAAACUGUGGAACAGUAUGACUUCUGCUACAGAGUGGUGCAAGAUUUUGUCGACAUCUACUCUGACUAUGCUAAUUUUAAAUGAGUGCUGCUUACCAACACAUUAUUAUAUUUAAACUGAAGGACAGUAUUACUGUGGCUUAGUUACACUCCAUGCACUUGACAUUUCUUUUUUGAAUUAUUUAUAUGCAGUAAGGUCAUAUUUUGGAUAUGAUAUCCAGUGACUUAACCACGUCAAGUCUUUUGCAUUGCUUUUUUGUGUCUGUAUUCUAUAUGAACAAAUGCAUUUCUUUAAGCAUAUUUUAUUUGAUAUAUUUUUAUUAAGGGUCAACACUGUGUAUUUUGUUCACAUUAAUUUUUUGGUCUGAAUAAGUGUAAAGCAUUCCAUGUAAAGCAUUCAGUGUUUAUCCCACCUAUUUAUUCGGGUGCUUGCUUCCCAAAAACUUUUGCAUGAUGAUUUGUGUAAACUACUGUACAAAAAGAAAUUAGGAUGCUUCCGAAAUUGAAUUAUAGAAGAGUUUUUUUCCCAGAUAAAUAAUUUGUACCAUAUACACCUUCUUCACCUUUCACAUGUUCACAUGUCUUUGUAUAAUGACAGAUGUCCAAACACAUAACAAAAGCAGGCUGUAAAGUAUUUGCAAUAAUGCACAUUAUUAAUUAGGACAAUGAUAAACAUCAAUAUCGUGACAGAAAUCCUGUUUGAAAUAUUUCAGGUUCCCAUUUUUUGUUUAUAGCUAGUUCAGAAGAGACACUAAUAUCUACAAAUGUGACUUUGUAUAGUAAAAAGGACUGUCAGGUAGCACAGAAGUGUGCUUUAUUUAGUAACAUUUAAAUUUGUUUUGUUUGUUUUUGUACAGUGUACCAAAUAUGGCAUAUAUAUCCGAUAUGAAUUAAAACCAUCAUAAAAAUUAUAUUUGGAAGUUGCUAUGAAAUAAUUGAUACAUGCCAUAAAGCAAAGCUUUGAUUCUCUUUCAUUAUCUGGUGUUUGAGAUAAACAGUAACAUAAAAAUACACAAAAUAUUAGUUUAUUCUUAUUAAACACUAAAACACCUAAAUGUGGAUGUUUUGUCUGCUUGUUUAAAUAUUAUGUUCAGAGAUGAAAUAAAGUUUUGAACUUUGGCAGCAUUCUUACAACAGGGUGACAAAUUGUGAAGAGAAAUGAGAAGACGUAUGCCUUAAUUCUAUACCCUUCUUUCUGAAUAACACCAUUUUCU